AUGCUGGAAAGCACAUCUAGUUUACCUGAUGAUGAACUCAGGAAGAAACACGUUGAUUCGGGAUGUCGCCUCCACGUAUCAGCUACGAAAACAAGGAAGAUACCCUGCUCCUUCACUAGCUGCACAUCCAAACAAGAAUCAGCAUUCUCUAUAGCUUGUCCCAAGUGCCAUGAUACUUUCUGUUUGCAGCAUCGGCAUCCAAGUACGCACGCAUGUCGAGGUCUUGUCGAGGAAGCAGCAUCCAUAAAAGCCAAGAGUCAAACUGCUCGAGACUUCGUUGCCGCAAAGAUUGGGACAUCGCUACCCACAGGAUCUGUCACUACCAACAAACCAAAGACGAAAUACAAUCCAACGAUUGAGCUUAUGAAGAUGCGGAUGACCUCCAAAGGCGAUGAAGGACUACCUGUUGCUGCACGAGUAUAUUUCCGUGUGACACUUCCCAAAGAAUGUAAUUUGCCUCAGCAGGCAUAUUUCUUUGAUAAUACGUGGACUAUUGGCAGACUCGUUGACAAACUCGCUGACAUGGCUAAAUGCAAGAAUGUGAAUAAUUUAAUGGAUCAAGUGCCCAUGCACUUGCAUAUUUAUGACCAGGAAACCGGGAAAAUGAUUGAAAAUUCAACUGUAUUAUCGAAACUGACGAAUGGCAGUCGUAUUGUACUAGAACGAGAGUCUUCAGCUUCCGAAAUCAUAAUGUAA